UGCAAAUAUACUCUGACGUCACCGUUGGGCAGUCAUAUGACUGUUUGGUGGUAAUGGAGGCGAGGUUUCCGCCGUUGAUAUCUGUCAACGUUACCGCUUUUACAAAUCCUGUCAAAUAAAAUCGACAAGAAACAACACAGAGGGAACACUGCUGUGUGAAGACAGUUCACUGAUCGUGUCAAUGGAUUUUAUUCUACAGUUUUGGACGAUAAUUUGCGUUGCCUUGUUUCCUUGCGCGUGUGCGAACUACACUCAGAUUGACCCGCUCAUAUAUGAGGAGCAGUUGCUGUGGGUCGCUGGUGGAGCUGGUCAGGUGAACACCUAUCGAAUCCCACUGCUAACCUUCACAUCACGUGGAAGUCUGCUGGCAUUCGCUGAAGCCAGAAAACAGUCAUCAAGUGACAUCGGGGCAAAAUUCAUUGCAAUAAGACGCUCUACAGACAGAGGAGCCACCUGGUCUCCCACCUCAUUCAUAGUGGACGAUGGCUUUUUAGCAGAUGGGCUGAACCUGGGUUCGGUUGUUGUGGAUGAGGAUACGGGUGCCGUGAUCCUCAUCUACUCUAUGUGCUUUCACCAUCACCAUUGCAGCCCCUCGAGCACCAUGCUGGUCGAGAGCCUGGAUGAUGGUUUCACCUGGAGCCCUCCACGAAACCUCUCCGUCGAGCUGGGGGUGAAGAGUUUUGCUCCUGGGCCUGGCUUUGGAAUACAGAAACGGUACCCACCCAAAGUAGGACGCUUGGUGGUGUGUGGGCAUGGAUCUAUUGCUGGUGAUGGGGUCUUCUGCAUUUUGAGUGAUGAUCAUGGUAAAUCCUGGAGAUAUGGAGCUGCUUUGAAGAGCAUCCCUUACAACCAACCUAAACAGAAUCUGGACUUCAACCCAGAUGAGUGUCAGCCAGUCGAGCUGGAGGACGGAAGCAUAGUCAUCAAUGUACGCAACCAGAACAACUAUCACUGCCGCUGUCGAAUAAUAGUGCGGAGUCUGGACGGAGGCGAGACUCUGCCUGUAGAGGAGCUAGUUUUUGACAAAACGCUGGUGGAUCCCGCGGUCGCAGCUGGUGCCCUGCAGAAACAAGGAGUGGUGUUCUUUACCAACCCAGCCAAUGCUCAAGACCGAAUCAAUCUGACUCUUCGCUGGUCUUUCACUGAUGGAAAGUCAUGGGAGAAGGAGGUGGUCCAGAUAUGGGCGGGGCCCAGUGGUUAUUCCUCUAUGACAUCACUCAAAGGGGAUUCUCCCGAGGACAACAAAUACAUCUUCGUCAUUUACGAAAAGGGCCAUAAAGACAUCAUAGAAACCAUUUCUUUUGUCAAAAUCCAUCUAUUUGGAGGAAAGUAGCAUAUGGGUGGAGGGAGGGAGUAAAAAGGGACAUUUUGGGUUUCAGCCUGAUCCAUAACAAUUUUAAAAGUUUUUACAGUAUAUUUGGAAUAGAGACCGUACUAUGCAAUGAUUGGUUGGUUGAUGUUGAUUUAAAUGAAUCCUGUUCCAGAAUGAAUCAAGACAUCCUGGUUUAAUGUGACACCAAUAUAUAAACAAUUAUGACUGUACUUUCUCCCAUGCCCAAUAUUUGCUAGAAUAUAAGUGUUUUUUUUAUGAAAGAAGUGUUAUUUUAUGCAGUCACACAACAGUACCUGCUAUAGCACAUUGCUCGCUUUUAAUGUUUCUUAUCAGCUCAGGUCGUUUUUCUUGCUGAGCAUUUUACUGGUUCUUAUAAAUUAUAGUAAUGUGAUUGUUUUAGGUAGUUAAAGUGAGCAAUUUACUGUGGUAUGGCUUAAAUAAUGUUUUACAUACAUAUGCAUUUUUUCAUGUUAAUUACCAGUGGCAGCUUGUGACUUCUUUUUCCAAGGAGGCACGAAUGUGAAACUCGUCAAAACAUUGUCAUGUGUGUGGCUCUUCAUUUAUAAAUAUGUUUUCCAUGCAUCAUGUGACCCCAUGUGCAUUGUGCAUCAAGUCAAAAUACGUGCUUGCUACAGAGGAUUUGUAAGUGUUUAUGAUAAAAGAGUUAUCCACGCGCACGACACCCCAAACGCAAAUUUUGACAUGACGAGCCAUGUGCACGACACCCCAAACGCAUUUUUUGACCUAAUGAGCCAUGUGCACGACACCCCAAAUGCAUAUUUUGACAUGAUGAGCCACUUGCACGACACCCCGAACGCAUAUUUUGACAUGAUGAGCCACGUGCACGACACCCCGAACGCAUAUUUUGACAUGACGAGCCACGCGCACGUCACCCCGAACGCAUAUUUUGACAUGAGUUACGACAUCCCGAUCGCAUAUUUUGACAUGACGAGCCAUGCGCACGACACCCCGAUCGCAUAUUUUGACAUGAGUUACGACAUCCCGAUCGCAUAUUUUGACAUGACGAGUUACGACAUCCCGAUCGCAUAUUUUGACAUGACGAGCCGCGUGCACGACAUCCCGAUCGCAUAUUUUGACAUGACAAGCCACGUGCAUGACACCCCAAAUGCAUUUUUUUACAUGAUGAGCCACACGCACGUCACCCCGAACGCAUAUUUUGACAUGAGUUACGACAUCCCGAUCGCAUAUUUUGACAUGACGAGCCACGCGCACGACACCCCGAUCGCAUAUUUUGACAUGAGUUACGACAUCCCGAUCGCAUAUUUUGACAUGACGAGUUACGACAUCCCGAUCGCAUAUUUUGACAUGACGAGCCGCGUGCACGACAUCCCGAUCGCAUAUUUUGACAUGACAAGCCACGUGCAUGACACCCCAAAUGCAUUUUUUUACAUGAUGAGCCACACGCAUGACACCCCAAACGCAUAUUUUGACAUGACAAGCCACGCGCACGUCACCCCGAACGCAUAUUUUGACAUGACGAGCCACGUGCAUGACACCCAAAUGCAUAUUUUGACAUGAAGAGCCACGUGCUUGAUACUCCAAACGCAUAUUUUGUUUUUGGCCGCCCCUGUUUCUUUGAAAAAAUUCUAAUUUGACCCGAUUUUGGUUAUGUUGACAGUGACACCAUCAAAUAUUUCUGAUAUGAGCUGAAUAUGGGAACUUUGUCCAUAACCCCUAAACUACACAUGAAGUCAUGUUGAGGUUUUGGGUUGUACAGUCUUCCAUGCAUUUACCUCAUUGUGCUGGUGGACAUUGUUUGUAGAAGCCAGCAAUUCUUUCCAUUAACAGGCUACUGGAAGUGGUUUUUAAAUAUAUGUGCCUGUAAUUUUUUCACAUCAUUACAUUUGAUAUUUGCUGCAAGUCACGUGCACUUGACUUGUCACUUUGCAUCAUUUUGCACAUUUUAUUGUUCAAUAAAUUUGUUAGUUUUGAUAGGUAAAUGUGACAUGUUCCUGACUUAUCUUAUAACUUUUGGACUUUUCCACUGAAUUGAUGCCAUUUGCAUGUUGUAACUCAUCAAAAUUGUUUUUUUUUUAAUCUUUUUUUGCUUAAUCUAAUAACACACAUAUUUUGCUUUUCAAAAUGAGUAUUUGUCAAUCUCAGGUAACUAGUUUAUUUUUAACAUGGUUUCUUAAUGGAGGAUGGAGGCAUUUUGGUAAGAGGACUGAGUUUUUAGCAUAGAUUUAGCAAACACAUUAUGAUAACGUUAAAAUUAAUACAUAUCGGUUUGUAGUCCACGUACUAUGGAGGGAUUUUCUGGUGAGAUUGUAAACUAAAAGUCUGUAUGUGUUUUCACUUUGGACUUGAUUUAAAUUUUUAUUCUGCACAGCUCUUUGGUCAAUUU